GCUGCUUCCCAGCAGCUCACGCGCACGGACGCACGCUCGCUCGCUCGCUCGCAGGCUGGAAGCCCUCCCGCAGCUCGCCAGAGUUGAAGAAGCAGCAAGUGGCAAGCGGUCGCUUCUGACAAGAUGAGCGCGCGGUUUUGGCGGCGGCGUGGAGCUCGGACGGACUCUGCUCGCUUUCCGGAGGGCGGCUUCUGCUGCCUGGAAUGAAGCGCGCGUGUCGGCGUGCGUCUGUGGCCACGGCGGUGCUGGUGUGGCUCGGGGCGCUCGUCUACCUUCUGCUGCUCAGCCGCAGGAGGCUGCCCGAGUUCGGCGCGGCUCCCGGCGGCGCCGCCGCCGCUGCAGACGAUGGAGCGGGUCAAAGCAAGCAGAUGUCGGACAGCGAGUGGGACGACAUGCUGGACGGCUUCGACGAGCGCGGCUACCUGAGCGCCCGGCGAUGGCGUCCCGGCGACGACCCCUACGCGCUCUACGCUUUCAAUCAACGGGAGAGCGAGCGCGUCCCUAGCAACCGAGCGCUCGGCGACACGCGCCAUCACAGGUGCGGCGCCUUGCGCUACGAUGCCAACCUGCCUCCCACUUCCAUCGUCAUCGCUUUCCACAACGAGGCCCGCUCCACCCUGCUGCGCACCGUCAGGAGUGUGUUAAACAGAACUCCCGUUCAUCUCAUCCAUGAGAUCAUUCUGGUGGACGACUUCAGUGAUGAUGGGGACGACUGUCAACUUCUCACCAAAUUGCCCAAAGUCAAAUGUUUGCACAACAGCAAGAGAGAAGGUCUGAUCCGGUCGAGAGUGGGUGGCGCCGAUGCGGCCAGCUCCAAAGUUCUGGCCUUCCUGGACAGUCACUGCGAGGUCAACAAGGACUGGCUGCCGCCGCUCCUUCACAGAAUCAAAGAGGACCCCACCCGGGUGGUCAGCCCCGUCAUCGACAUCAUCAACAUGGACACCUUCGCCUACGUGGCCGCCUCGGCCGACCUACGAGGAGGUUUUGAUUGGAGUCUUCAUUUCAAGUGGGAGGGUCUCUCGGCUGAGGAGAGGGACGCCCGCAGCGACCCCACCCUGCCCAUCAAGACGCCCGUCAUCGCCGGCGGGCUUUUCGUGAUCGACACCUGGUGGUUCAAGCACCUGGGCAAGUACGACACGGCCAUGGACAUCUGGGGCGGCGAGAACUUUGAGAUCUCCUUCCGGGUGUGGCAAUGCGGCGGAAGCUUGGAAAUCAUUCCGUGCAGCCGCGUGGGUCACGUGUUCCGGAAGAAACAUCCUUACGUCUUCCCGGACGGCAGCGCCAACACGUACAUCAAGAACACACGGCGCACGGCCGAGGUUUGGAUGGACGACUUUCGCCUCUUCUACUAUUCCGCUCGUCCGGCAGCUCGAGGAAAAUCGUACGGAGACAUCGGAGGCCGUGUGGAGCUGAGACGCAAACUCAAGUGCAAACCCUUCAAGUGGUACCUGGAGCACGUCUACCCGCAACUCAAGGUCCCCGACGACUCGGAUUGGCAGUCGGGCCCGAUCCGACAGCGACAGAACUGCUUGGAGUCUCGCCGCGUGGACGGCCAGGAGACGCCCGUGCUCAUGUUGGCGCCGUGCGCGGACGCCGGACACGCACCCAACCAGGUCGCGAACACGACACGCCGAGAUGAAUAUUUCACACAGGAGUGGAUCUACACUGCGGGCCAGCAGAUCCGCCAGCAGCGCCGCGGCCAGGUCGCCGGUGCCGACAAAUGCGUGUCGGUCACCGCCACCUUCCCGGCGUCGCAGAUUCUGCUGCUGCCCUGCCACGUGGACGACGCCAAGCAGCGCUGGCAAAAGUCGGGCACCCACCUGGAGCACAUGGCGUCUCGCUUCUGCCUGGACUCGGCCAUGGCGCUGGACGGGCUGGACUCGUCUCGAAUGCUGGUCAUCGGGCCGUGCGAGCCGGGCACCUCCACGCAGCGCUGGGACCUCCCCUUUUCCUGACCCCCCCCCCUCAAGCCCACAUCCGUACCUUGCUCACAUAGCCUGGUCUCGGACCCCCAACCGACCUCUGGAGCUGUGACGCUUUGUGGACAAGAGACACCAAGUGCACCUUAAAACUCUUCUACUGUCUAUUUCUCAUUUAUUGCCUGUGAGACAUUAGGAACACUUGCACAAGCUCAUUAAAAUUGUUUUGAAUAUUUUAACUACCUGGGGCAAGCAAAACAUUAGAACCCCCCCAUAUUAAAAAAAAAAAAAAAGGCCACUGUGUACUGAAAGUUGUGUGUCGUUUUGCACAAAAGCACACGUCAUCUUGUUGUUGUCUGUUAACAGUGCACAUCUCAGCAUGACACACAAAAUGUCAAGCAAAUCUGUUUUGUUUUCGACGAACAGUGUGAUGUUUCUGCUGGCUCCUUUUUGCUGCAGGAUGAGCGCGCCACCUUGUGGUGGUACCAAAGCUUGAUUGGGACUCACUUGCUGUGCUUACUGUCAUUUUUACCCCUUACGAAAAACACAACUGCGCAUGUUUUGUGGUCGACUUGUAUGACGGCUUAUUUUCGUUUCAAUAAAGUUUUAUAACGACCGAG